UGUUAUCAGCAAUAAUUAGUGACUUGCUCAGAGACUGCAACUUCAUUAAUUAAACCUGUUUCCAAUUGCCAGGCGUUAAAUUGAGAGAUCAACAUGCGGUACUUGGUGGCUCGCUCGGAAAUGCACCAGUUCAUUGAAUGCUGUAUGAAAGCAGCGGGAGCCAAGAGCGGCCAUGCUCUAGCACUGGCUGAUGUGUUGGUGGAGGGAGAUUAUCGAGGACAUUACAGCCACGGACUCAACAGGCUUGAUAUGUAUUUGAAUGACUUGAAGACUGGAAUCUGUGCCAAGGAUGGAGAACCUGUUAUUGAAAAGUCAACAGUGGCUACAGCAUUGGUAAAUGGCAAUAACCUGAUAGGGCCUGUGGUCGGCAAUUUCUGCAUGGAUCUGGCUAUUAAGAAAGCCAAAGAGGUGGGAAUCGGAUUGGUGGCAGCUUACGGAUCUAAUCACUAUGGUAUUGCAGGAUUUUAUUCCAUGCAAGCUCUAAAAUGCGGUUACAUUGGAAUGACUUGCACAAACACCUCUCCAUUUGUAGUGCCAACAAGAGCAAAGGAGCCCACUCUGGGGACCAAUCCUAUCAGUGUUGCUGCUCCAGCCCUGGAUGGUGAUAGCUUUGUGUUGGACAUGGCCACAUCUGCAGUAGCUCUGGGAAAGAUAGAAGUACAGCAAAGACGUGAAGAGAAGGUUCCAGUAGGAUGGGGGUGUGAUUCCAGUGGCAAAGAGACCACUGAUCCAGAACAGAUUCUAAAGGGUGGAGGGCUAGUACCUCUGGGAGGAAGUGAGGCUACAAGUGGUUACAAGGGGUACGGACUGAGUCUGAUGGUGGAGGUACUUUGCGGCAUACUCGCAGGAGCUCAUUACAGUAAAAACAUCCGUCGUUGGAAGGACACAGACAAGGUGGCCAAUCUGGGGCAGUGUUUCCUUGCCAUAAAUCCAGGUUGCUUUGCUCCAGGUUUUGAGGCGAGGUUGUCGGACUUGCUUAACAUACACAGAACACUCGAACAGAGUGAACCUGGCCUUCCUGUGCUGACCCCUGGAGACCCAGAGGCCCUUCAUAUCGCAGAAUGUGAGCGUUACGGUGCCAUUCCCUAUCAUGUCAAUGUUGUCAAUCACAUGAAUUCUCUUGCGAAGGAGCUUGGAGUUGAUUUACUCCCAACUGAUCGCACAAUCGACCUCUGAGCACUCGGUUCCGGAACCGGCAUGGGCAUCAGUCACCAAGAGUGGGUUCAAGACAUGCACAACACUUCAGAAUUAUACAGUUUAUAUUUUAGCUCAAAGUUCAAUGUUGCAAUUUAAAUUAGGUAAAGAUAUUAUUUUAGCUUGUUUAAACCAGGGAUUAGGGUGUUUCUUACACUAAAACAUUCUGCUGCAGCAUGACACCAGCGACAAAGGGAUCUUCACUAUUCUCAGUCACCCCUUGCAAGAAUGUAUGCAUGAGGUGAGUGAAGUUCAGCAGUGGUCUGCCCUCUAGCCUGAGUCCACACUUGGGUGGCCCAGAGGAGGGAACAACCAAUGCAUGAAUAAAUGGGGACAGCAAAUUUUUGGGGUUAAUUGGUACUUUAUAGCUGUGGAAAUAUUUGAAUGUGAACCAUUUUAAUUGGGGCAUUUUAUUCUGGGAUUGCGGAUUUGUAGCAUUGUACAGUGAAAUUAAAACAUCUACAUUUUGA